GCCACAGUGUACUCUGUCCUCGACAAGCUCACCGCCCCCAGAUCUUCGAUUGCCGCCGCUCAACCAGCGACCAUUGUAGAGCCAGAGGAGGAGGUGGACACGAUUCACAGUUCGAUUAGCACUUUCUAAAUCAGGGCUUCCCCCGAUUGGAGCCUUUUAGAGAAUCGCAACUACCAGGCAACAGAAUAGAAGGAGAGAACAGACCUCGCCUGAGGGGAUAAGGUCGCACAAUCCCACCCAAUAGCUGUCAUGCAGGAAACCAGUUGAUAGCUGUCUCCAAAGCUUACAGAGUUGGGUAACCCCUUUCUAGGCAGUCACAUAUCCAAGCUUCACUACUACAGAAGAAGCCAAAGAGUAAGCCACUUCUGUUUUACUUUAAAGUUUACACUCAUUCAUAUUCAUUGAUGCACAUCAUUAAUAGUAUCUUCUAAGAUUUCACACACAUGCCUACUUAUAAAAUAAUUCACACUAGGUUAGCUAUGUGUCUAACCAUUGAGUAUAUUGUUAUAAUUCACACAAGGUUAGGACUGUGCCUAAAAAUGUUUGCCUUUUAAUUGUUGUCCCUGGUGCCUAUGGUGAUUUAGCCAAAAUGAAAACUUUUCCUGCUCUCUUUUAUCUAUUUUGAACUGAAAUGGCACUAAUCAAUUUCCCACUAAAUUAAGUUCUUGAAUUCUCAGGAUGAUCAAUUAUUGAUGUUGUGAAUUAGGCUUACUGCAUCUAGCAGAGGGUUGGAUUAGUUCUUCUUCAUAAGGAUGCCACCAAAAUUAACAUUUUAUCUGCAAGAUUAGCCUUAAUAGCAUCUAGCAAAGUUUAAUGUGUAAUUUUGCGUGUGCCUGUGAAAAGCCAUAAUUGAUGAAUGAGUGUGCCGAUUUGGAUUUGCAAUGGUAUGCCAUGCAUAUGCAGGGAUUUGGGGUUAGAUUAGUUCUUUUUCAUAAGGAUGCCACCAAAAUCAACAUUUCAUCUGCAAGAUUAGCAUCGUCUCUUUCAAUUUUUACAGAUUUUCUUCAAGGCGCUGAGGUUAAUGUAGCUACAAAGAACUGGAAUGGAGAGAUCUUAUAACCAAUUAGAAAAAACUGUGCAGCUCAGCUACACAAAGUGGUGUGCUUCACGUUGUUUUUCCCAAUUUUUAGGUUUGGGAUAAGAUAUGCUUAUUACAAUAAUAAAAUAUAUAAUUUUUUUCAAUUUAUGUAAAGAGAAAACAUGUAGAGGAUAAUUAACAAUGUUCGUAUCUGUUUUGCCUACAUUUUAUUCUGCUAAAAGCUCUAAGUGGUUAAAGUCCCACUAGAAAACCUUCAUUUUAGAGAUUGCUCUUUAUUGUUCAACCUUCAUUUAGAGAAAAUGUAAUUGGUUUUAAAUCAAGGUGCCCAAUUAAAUCACUGACAUGGGGGGUGAGAACACUUGUUCAUCCCAAAUAUUGUAGAGAAGGAGGUGGUGCAGAGAUGAAGCUAACUGGGCUCGAACCGUUACUUGUUGGCUGUCAUCCACAGUCAAGGGUGGGAUUCUUGACUAAUUUUUUUACCCCAAAAGUGAAGCUGAAAAUAUAGAGGACUUCUGUGCUGUUGUUCAAGAUGCUUGUAUUGAUAAUCUUUUUACCUUGUAACAUGUUAUUACGCUUAAAGUGAUUGCCUUA